GAUAAACAGCGGUCAGUGCCGCUCCGAACCGCGAAGCAGACACUGCUGGGGUAGUUGCAGCAGUAGCAGCAGCAGCAGCAACAAUAACAACAGCAACAGUGCCACACGCAGUCCACUAUGAAUGGCGCCCCUUUGCUGGUCCUACUGCUGGCGGUGGGAGGUUCUGAGGGAGCCAAGAUCUUAGCCGCUUCACCCUUUCCUGCCAUUAGCCACGUGUUGCCCAUGAGGCAGAUAGUCCUGGAACUCGUUAAGAGGGGACACGACGUCACGUUCAUCUCAACAGAUCCGAUGGAAAAGUCAAUAAAAAAUUUGACUGAGGUCGACAUAUCUCCUGCGUACAAAUUCCUUAGGAAGUCUGUCAACUGGAUGGAGGUGGUCAUGCACGAGUGGAACCCUAUGGAGAUGGUGUCACGGAUGGCCGGUAUGUCACCUGCUCUCUGUGAAGAGGGGCUUAAAAGUCCAGAGAUGAUGAGCUUCAUAAAGUCGCCGUCGAAGUUCGACCUGUACAUCAUGGAGAGAGCGCUGGUGCCAUGCUUCUACGGCGUGGCUCACGCAGUGGGUUCCCCACCAGUGGUGGGGCUCGUGACCCUCGGAGCGUACCCUUACACCCACUGGACACAUGGCAACCCGGACAACCCAGCCUAUUCGCCCUGGUGGGUCCAUGCUUACCCGGACCACUUGUCGUUUUGGCAGAGGCUCUACAGCUCCUACGUGUGGCUCUACUUCAAUUACCUGUGGUUCAAUGUUGUGCUGCCGAAACACGACGUUAUAUUGAAGAAUUACUUUGGUUCUGAAGUCCCAUCGAUCUUCGAACUUGAGAGAAAUUUCAGUCUGAUGCUCAUCACCAACCAUUUCACCGAAAGCUACCCCAGACCUAAUCUACCCAAUUUCGUGGAAGUCACUGGACUACACAUCCAGCCAGAUAUUAAAUCUCUUCCCAAGGACAUCCAGGACUGGCUGGACGGGGCUACUGAGGGUGUGAUCUACUUCAGCCUGGGCACCAACGUGCUGGGAAGCACAAUGCCGUCCGACAAGCGACGGGCUUUUCUCGACGCCUUCUCCCAGUUGCCGCAGAGAGUGCUCUGGAAAUGGGAGAAAGACGAUGCGACAGACCUGCCACCUAAUGUGAAACUGUCCAAGUGGAUUCCACAACAAUCCGUAUUAGCACAUCCUAACGUCAAAGUCUUCAUCACGCAAGGUGGCCUGCAGAGUUUCAAUGAAGCCACUUACUAUGGUGUUCCUCUAAUUGGAAUUCCGUUCAUGGGAGACCAGCACUACAAUGUCGAAAAAUUCGUAGCUGCUGAGAUUGGCUACAGAUUGCAGUUCCGGCACGUCACGAAGGAUACCGUUUUAGAAGCUAUACGAACAGUUCUUGGGAAUCCAAGGUAUCGGGAAAACAUGAAGAAGUUAUCAUCAGUGUACCGUGAGCACCAGGCACAGUCGCUGCCACAAGCCAUCUGGUGGAUAGAAUACAUACUACGGCACCAGGGAGCUCCACAUUUGCGGAGCGCUGCUAUGGAUCUCAGCUGGUACCAGCUGCUACUGCUAGAUGUCAUCGCCUUCAUGCUGGUUGUGGCAACAAUUGCUGCUAUUGCGCUGUGCUCACUGACGAGAUAUCUGAUGUCUGUCAUAUGUAAGACCAAAAAACAAAAGACUCAAUGAUGAAUAACGUUUCACUAGCGUCAAAGGAGUAAAGGCCUUAGUGCAAGUGACAGCCACUGGAUACAUAAAAAACGAUAUGUUAUGGCUUGUUACAAGCAAGCUAUGGUUUGAUAACCACCAUUGUUUGUAAUUUUAGUCGUUUUUGUGUAUGUGUGAUAGUUGUAUGCGUCCACAUGCAAGAAAAUUAUGCAAGGUGAUGUGAGGGGGAUUGUACAGGUAAUUGUAGAUUGUCUCAUCUAUACCGAGACAUUGCACUGGCAAUCAAAUGACACAUUUUCGUCUUUGAUGUGUGCUGAUCAAAUAAAUUAUAUUUAUUUUUAU